AUGGGUGCAUCAGGCUUAGGUUCUGCUUUAGCAAAUUGCAUUAAUCUCUCAAAUUUGACACUUUACCUUUGGUCUAAUUAAAUUGGUGAUGAAGGUGCAUCAGGCUUAGGUUCUGCUUUAGCAAAUUGCAUUAAUCUCUAAAAUUUGACACUUGACCUUGCUGACAAUUAAAUUGGUGAUGAAGGUGCAUCAGGCUUAGGUUCUGCUUUAGCAAAUUGCAUUAAUCUCUCAAAUUUGACACUUAACCUUCAGUAAAAACAGUUUAUUUGUUUUGGAUUGUGA